CAAUUCCCCCACCUCUCAUUCUUCUCUGUUCCUUUCUCUCUCUAAAAAAAAAAACCUUGACCCACCGAACAAUUGAAAAAAAUUGUGCAUUUGUGACUUUCUCUCUCUAAAAUAAUGCGGAAGGAUGAUCUGUACGUAACGGUGCCGAGUUUUUUCCGGUGUCCGAUAUCACUCGACGUGAUGAAAUCUCCGGUGAGUUUAUGCACCGGAGUUACUUAUGACCGGAGUAGCAUCCAGCGGUGGCUUGACAGCGGUAAUAAUACAUGUCCGGCCACCAUGCAAGUGCUACAAACUAAGGACCUUGUACCUAACUAUACACUACAACGACUCAUCCAGAUCUGGUCUGAGUCGGUCCGGGCUCAGCGUUCCGAUACGGAGUCUAACCGAGUUAACUCAGUUAGUCACGAUCAAGUUCGUGAGCUAAUUAAACAGUUUGUAAACGAAUUCCGAGUUCACUCUGAGUUGGAGGUGAACUCGGAUCGGUUAUCGAAGCUUUUAGGUUUCUCAGAAGAAUCAGCUGAGAAUCUUCGAUUUGUGGCUUCUGUAGCGGCGGAGAGUGAUUUUCUCGCGAUUCUCACUUCGUUCCUUGUUCACAACCCUAAAAAUCUUAAAGUUGUGGAGAAAAUUGUACCUCUAUGGAAAAUGCUGUUGGUUGAACGAGGUUCCUUAUCGAAAAUCGGGAAAGCAAACGAUAUAUAUCCGGCGAUAAUAUUUGCUCUGAGAAAUGGAAGUUCAAAGUUGAAAAUGGAGAUGUCAAAAGCUUUAGAGUUCAUCACAUCAACCGAUUCCGAAGCUAAAUCAUCCUUAUCAGAAAACUCCGAUUUAUACUCAGUUUUAUUGAGUUUUUCAACAAUCAAUACCGAUUGGAAUCCCGAUUUAAUGGAAGUCUCUGUUUCCUGUUUAAUUUCUCUCGCAAUGCUUCGUAAAAACCGGGUGAAGCUUGUAAAAGCCGGCGCGGUGAAAUCAGUCGGAAAAGCAUUGUCGACAACGGAGAUGGGAACCGGAUUAACAGAUAAAGUAUUGAGAUUAUUAGAACUGAUAUCUACUUGUAAAGAAGGAAGAUUAGAACUGUGUAACGACGGAGAUUGUGUACAAGCGAUAGUGAAGAAAGUAUUGAAAGUAUCAAACGAAGCAACGGAACAUGCAGUAACGAUUCUAUGGAGUUUGUGUUGCCUUUUCCGGGAUCACCGGGCACAGGAAUCGGUAGCGAAGAGUAACGGUAUGGCGAAGAUAUUGUUAUUGUUACAAAGUAAUUGCUCGCCGGCGGUGAGACAAAUGGCCGCCGAUUUACUGAAGGUUUUUAGAGUGAAUUCCAAAGCAGUUUCUUGUCUUUCUACUAGCUAUGAUACUAAAACUACUCACAUCAUGCCAUUUUGAUUGGGGGUUAAUUUUUUAUUGUUGAUAACUUUGGGGGCCUCUUCCUUCAUUUUUGUAAAUCAUAUAAAGCAAUUUUGUUGAGAAAAGAUAUAUAGAAUUGGCAAAAAGAAUGAGAAGAAAUUUCAAUUUUUUUUAAAAAAAACUCUUUACCUU